AUGGUGAUAAACCUGAGGGCGUUAUUCCCUCACAAACAAACUGUUGAUGACCAGUUCUUUCGGGACUUGGCUUCGAAUACUGAAUCAUCUUGGGAAGAAUUGGCGAAAUUACUGGGAUUUGAAGAAGCAGAAAUCAAGCAAAUCCAAACCAACUCCCAAGACAACAAAGAAAGGAGCCUACAGAUGCUACUUUCUUGGUGGAGAAAGCAAACAAAUCGAGAGGAAGGAUUCCAACGUUUGCGAGAUGCAUUAAAUUCAAUCGGGCGUGCCGAUUUGGUCUUAAUGAUUCCAUCAGAUGAGCAACAGAGGAUGAAACAACUUGGUCAUCGAGACCAGCCUCAUCUAGAGGUACAAUUGGAAGGGGCUAAAGAACAGAGCAAGCAAAAGGUGGCUACGUCAUCUGAAGACCAGGGACCUAGACAUAUGGUCGGUCACAGAGACAAACCUAAGCAAGAGGUUCAAGUGGGAGGGGCCAAAGAACAAAGCAAGCAGAAAGGGUUUAUAUCAUCGGAGGACCAGAGACCAGGACAGGAGAAAGUUGUUCAUCGCGACGAACCUCAAUCAGAGAUACAAGUGGAAGAGGAGAGCAAGCAGAAAGGGAGUACAGCAUCUGAGGAGCAGAGACCGAGACACAAGGUACACGGCCGACUUCACAGACAUGAAACAGGAGCUGUUGAAGAGCAGGGCAUACAGAAGCAUAUCAGACCAUCAGAUGAGGAACCGAGACCGAGUGAGGAGGAAGUUGGUCAUCGAGAAAAACUUCAAUCAGAGGUAAAAGUUAAAGAGGAGAGCAGGCAGACAACGAGUACAACAUCUGAGGUACAGAGACCGGAACAUGAGGAACAAGAUCCUCUUCAGAGACAUGAUGAGGAACAGAGAGCGAGUCAGGAGGAAGUUGGUCAUCCAGACAAACCUCAAUCAGAGGUACAAGAGAAAGAGGAGAGCAGGCAGAAAGGGAGUACAACAUGUAAUCGACAGAGACCGGGACACGAGGAACAAGACCAUCUUCAAAGACAUGAUGAGGAACAGAGACCGAGUCAGGAGGAGGUUGGUCAUCGAGACACAGUUGAGGUACAGAAUCAGGUUGCAGGUGCCGGAGAACAAAAUUCCCCAAAUGUUUCAUCCCAAUCACCCUCAUUUAAAAAUCGUUUUAAAAGGUCUGUUCUCUCAUUAUUGCCGAAAAGGAAGAAGGCAAGAGAGCAAAAAUUAGGACAAGAGCAGAUGGGGGAUAAACACAGUAGGCAGGCAGACAUCCAAAGGGCUGGGUUUCACAAAGAGCGGAAAACGCAGGAAGGGACUUCAUCAUCUGAUGGACUUUGUCCGAAACAGGAGUAUGUUGUUCAUCGAGAUAAACUUCAACAAGACGUUUUUGUGGAAGGGGUUAAAGAACAGAGCAAGCAGAAGGGGACUACAUCAAUUGGGGACCAGAGACUGAGUCGGGAGGAAUUCGGUCAUGAAGCCAAACCUGAACCAAAGGAAGAAGUGAGAGAGGCUAAAGAACAACGCCAGCUCAAAGGAACUACACCAUCUGAGGGACAGAUACAAAACCAGCGAGAGGCAGGCGGUACAGAGCCGAGUAUUCAGAAAGAGAGGGUGCAAUCAUCCGAGGAUUAUGGACUGAAAAGGUUAACACACCAAAAUCCAAGUCAUGGGCAAGUGGAUGUUGCACCAAGAAAGCCUUCAGAGAUACAAGAGACAUUGGUCAGAGAAACGACAUCACAAGUCGGACAGUUAAUGCAGAGUCCAAGUUCAGUUCAAGACAUCGCACCUGUAGGACUCCAACUAGGAGCCUCAUCCCCAUCAGCUGCUGUACUCAGAUGUGGACCUGUGCAAGUGCAACACGUUUCAGUGGAUUCCAUGCAUAUUGGCGGUGCAAAUAAACCGACCUUCCUGGGACCUGUUAAUGAUCCUACUUUCACCAUCAUUCAGAACGUGGCUAUGCCUGAAAGCAGUCCAGCCGAGAUGGGAAGAGCUAAAUCCAGUCCGAGUGAUUCUGCUAGUCAGUGCAGGAGCGAAUUGAAAGACCGGUAUACUGCCACAGUUUUGGGAUUGAGGAAGGAAGAUAUUGGGCAGUAUGUGAGAAGGUUUUUCUCUAAAAAGCUUGAUAUUGCUGAGGGACUUCUUGACAGGAUUCAGUCAUCAGAUGUGCUGUCUGAUUUGUCAAAAAGUCCCAUGUUUCUUCUGCUGAUGUGCUUAUUAUGGAGGGAAAAGUAUCUGGACCCCACUCUUGCAAAACCUGACGGAACUUCAGGAGUUAGAGUUAAGUGA